AUGGAGCAAGAUUUUCCCGCGGUCCCUGGCGGCGGCGGCGGCGGCCACGAGGAAGGUCCCGCCGGGCUCGGCUACUCUUCCACCAAGCUCCCAGCGCCCCUUCCCACGGCUCGGCUACUCUUCCACCAAGCUCCCAGCUCCCCUGCCCUUCCCACAGCUCGGCUACUCUUCCACCAAGCUCCCAGCGCCCCUUCCCACAGCUCGGCUACUCUUCCACCAAGCUCCCAGCGCCUCUUCCCACGGCUCGGCUACUCUUCCACCAAGCUCCCAGUGCCCCUUCCCACGGCUCGGCUACUCUUCCACCAAGCUCCCAGCGCCCCUUCCCACGGCUCGGCUACUCUUCCACCAAGCUCCCAGCGCCCCUUCCCACAGCUCGGCUACUCUUCCACCAAGCUCCCAGCGCCCCUUCCCACGGCUCGGCUACUCUUCCACCAAGCUCCCAGCGCCCCUUCCCACGGCUCGGCUACUCUUCCACCAAGCUCCCAGCGCCUCUUCCCACGGCUCGGCUACUCUUCCACCAAGCUCCCAGCGCCCCUUCCCACGGCUCGGCUACUCUUCCACCAAGCUCCCAGCGCCCCUUCCCACGGCUCGGCUACUCUUCCACCAAGCUCCCAGCGCCCCUUCCCACGGCUCGGCUACUCUUCCACCAAGCUCCCAGCGCCCCUGUCCUUCCCACGGCUCGGCUACUCUUCCACCAAGCUCCCAGCGCCCCUGCCCUUCCCACAGCUCGGCUACUCUUCCACCAAGCUCCCAGCGCCCCUUCCCACGGCUCGGCUACUCUUCCACCAAGCUCCCAGCGCCCCUGUCCUUCCCACGGCUCGGCUACUCUUCCACCAAGCUCCCAGCGCCCCUUCCCACGGCUCGGCUACUCUUCCACCAAGCUCCCAGCGCCCCUUCCCACGGCUCGGCUACUCUUCCACCAAGCUCCCAGCGCCCCUUCCCACGGCUCGGCUACUCUUCCACCAAGCUCCCAGCGCCUCUUCCCACGGCUCGGCUACUCUUCCACCAAACUCCCAGCGCCCCUUCCCACGGCUCGGCUACUCUUCCACCAAGCUCCCAGCGCCCCUUCCCACGGCUCGGCUACUCUUCCACCAAGCUCCCAGCGCCCCUUCCCACGGCUCGGCUACUCUUCCACCAAGCUCCCAGCGCCCCUUCCCACGGCUCGGCUACUCUUCCACCAAGCUCCCAGCGCCCCUUCCCACGGCUCGGCUACUCUUCCACCAAGCUCCCAGCGCCCCUUCCCACGGCUCGGCUACUCUUCCACCAAGCUCCCAGCGCCCCUUCCCACGGCUCGGCUACUCUUCCACCAAGCUCCCAGCGCCCCUUCCCACGGCUCGGCUACUCUUCCACCAAGCUCCCAGCGCCCCUUCCCACGGCUCGGCUACUCUUCCACCAAGCUCCCAGCAACUCAAUGAAAUUCAUCUGAAAAUUAAUUAUUGGGGACAAAGGUUCACGAGAAAAUUGGUUUAA